CUAGCCUUUCACGGGAUCUGAUUGGUUUAUCGGUCUGUCAAUCGUCUCGUCUGCCCAUCAUAUUAGUAUGUGCUACAUCCGUGCAGAAUUAACGUACUGUAUGUUCAUACAAUGUAGUUCAAGUUAGGUGCUGCCAGCAUGAUAAGGCUGAGGGAUUCGUUCCUGAGACCAUUCCAGGCCCCCGUGGAUGUCCUUGCCAGUCAGGAGGGCCGUGUCUACCUGUUCAGGGAGGUGGAGGGAGACUCAGACCAGUCCUCGGAGGAUGAGUUUAACGUGAUGGAGCUGAGACCCAGAGGCCGGGAGCAGGCGAGGCUUGAUCGAGAGAAAGUGGGGGACGUGCUGCUAUUAGAGAAGGACAUCUCGGAGGGAGACAACCUCAACACGUUAGCUCUGCAAUAUGGCUGCAAAGUUGCAGACAUUAAGCGUGUGAACAACUUAAUACGGGAGCAGGACUUGUAUGCCUUGAAAGUCAUCAAGAUCCCAGUGAAGAAGCACAGUGUUUUAACAGAGACCAGCAAUGAUCUGAAGGAGCCUCAAGCCUCUUCCUCCCGGUGUCUCCACAUGCUCGCAGAGCCCUCCCUGUAUGAGGACGCAGCUGCUGCUGGGCGCUGCGGGACGGAUAUUAAAGAAUGCACUGACUUUCUCAAGGAAAUAGACCACGAUAUUGAGAGACUGAUCCAGUCCACUGACAAUCUGGAAGAGGUGUCUUGUUUGGAGCCGCAUGAUGGGCCUCCCCAUGGUACAGGAAACCAAAAUCCCUCUCCUCACGGAUCAGACUGGGGGAUCCAGUGGUGGAACGCUGUCGCGCUCAUGCUUUUAAUCGGCAUUAUUCUGCCAGUAUUUUACGUGGUUUAUUUUAAAACGCAGGACAGCAGGUCUGCCUUCCAGGACACUGCCAACUCUCUCAACGUUUCCAGUCCUACCUCAGACUGCUUGGAGAUUAAUGUGACUGCUUUGAGUCCUGGGAAGAGUUCAGCCAUUCAAAAAAACUCUUCUUCAUCUCCUCUUUCAAGUGAAAUAAAAGAAACGCCAAAUGAACGGACAGCCACAUUAGGAUAAAAUGGUGCUUGGGAAUGGACACUGGGAAGGGGCAUGCCCAGAUAUCCUCUUCAUGUACUUGGAAAGCAUUACAUUACAGUAUUGGGCUCCAGGGGAAAUGUCCUGUGCACAUGCCUUGUGAUGCCAUACAUUGUGAAAGGUUCUGUGACCCUGUGGGUAUAGUUAAUAGAAGCUAGAGAUAUCUACAGGUUUCAUAUGGGCUGGCUUGACAUG